CUAAAUCAUGGACAAAUAAAACGCAUUUAGCUUAUUUCACAUUUUCGCUUAAAUAUGCAUUAUGUUGGCAACGCGGGCAAUAACAAUAAGCUGAUAUUCAAUUUAUUGCGACGAAAUGUUUGACAUGGAGAAAAGCAAAAGAAAAGUUUGGACAAAGGCCGAGACACUCCUAUUCCUGAAGUGCUACAAUGAGAGGAAGGAUGAGUUUUUGCAUGCGCGGAAGAAAAAGUUCGCUUAUGAAAACGUCUUGGAGGACAUGAUAUAUCAAAGAUUUACAGAUACAACGGUUAAUGCGGCUGCACUUGUAGCAAAAAUGCGAACGCUUUUGAAGGCGUAUAAAACAGCGAAAGACAAUGAGAAGCAGACUGGAACUUCUCCGUGCACAAUACCGUAUAUGUCGGAAAUGGACGAAAUUUUUGGCGAAAGUUAUUUAGUGUCCAACAACCAUACCAUAAACAUUGGGACAGAUCCUCAAGAGGCAUUGGUUGAAUCUAGCGUAAAGGGGUUUUUAACAGAUUUAACUGAUUUUGAACAAAUGCUCGACGAUAGACCAAGUACUUCUAGGCAGAGCCGAUCUACACUAAGCCGUAAGCAUGUGCAGACCAAAUGAAGUGAAUCCACAAGAGCCGAACGCAGCAAAUCGUAUUCAAAAUCGUCGUUAUCGUAAAAGCGCUAGAGAACGAUAUUUUGUUCAAAAAAUCGAACUAAAAAGAAAAAGUGUUGAAGAAAAGGCAACAAAAACAAAUGCAAGAUUUGGCCGAAAAACGAGAUAAGCAGAUAGAAAUUGAACAAAAAAAACUGAAAAUAGAUGAAAAAUUUAAAAUUUUACAGCAGUCUGUUAUGAAUAAAAAAU